AUGGGGCACCCCGGAAUGCCCCACUACCCCCCCAUGGGGAUGCACCCCAUGGGCCAGAGACCCCCCAACAUGCCCCCGGUGCCCCACGGGAUGAUGCCUCAGAUGAUGCCCCCCAUGGGAGGACCCCCGAUGGGGCAGAUGCCUGGGAUGAUGCAGUCGGUGAUGCCUGGAAUGAUGAUGUCCCACAUGUCCCAGGCUGCCAUGCAGCCCACGGUUCCUCCAGGAGUGAACAGCAUGGAUGCACAAGUAGGAGUAACCCCUCCUGGGACUCAGCUGUUUCUGGACGAGCUGCACGAGCACGGGCAGCUGCACUCCAUGUCCUCCUGGAUGGAGCUGUACCCAGCCAUCAGCUCCGACAUCAGGUUCACCAGCAUGCUGGGCCAGCCUGGAUCAACAGCGCUGGACCUGUUCAAGUUUUAUGUGGAGGAUUUAAAAGCUCGUUACCACGAUGAGAAGAAGAUAAUUAAAGACAUCUUAAAGGAUAAAGGGUUUGUGGUGGAGGUGAACACUUCCUUUGAGGAUUUUGUCACUGUCAUCAGCUCCACUAAAAGAGCCACCACGUUGGAUGCAGGGAAUAUCAAGCUGGCUUUCAACAGUCUGCUGGAGAAGGCGGAGGCGCGGGAGCGCGAGCGGGAGAAGGAGGAGGCCCGCAAGAUGAAGAGGAAGGAAUCGGCCUUCAAGAGCAUGCUGAAACAGGCCACCCCCCCCAUCGAGCUGGAUGCUGUCUGGGAGGAUAUCAGAGACAGAUUUGUGAAGGAACCAGCAUUUGAAGACAUCACCCUGGAAUCUGAAAGGAAAAGGAUAUUUAAGGAUUUCCUUCAUGUACUUGAGCACGAGUGUCAGCACCACCACUCCAAGACCAAGAAACAUUCGAAGAAAUCCAAGAAACACCACCGGAAGCGCUCGCGUUCCCGCUCGGGCUCUGAGUCCGAGGAUGACGACAGCCACUCCAAGAAGAAGCGGCAGCGCUCGGAAUCGCGGUCGGUGUCGGAGCGUUCGUCCAGCGCCGAGUCCGAGAGGAGUUACAAGAAGUCCAAAAAACACAAGAAGAAGAGCAAGAAGAGGAGGCACAAGUCUGAUUCACCAGAAUCUGAUGUGGAACGAGAGAAGGACAAGAAAGACAGAGAGAGGGACAGUGAGAAGGAAAGAGCCAGACAGAGAUCUGAGUCCAAGCAUAAAUCUCCCACUAAGAAACGGCCUGGAAAAGAUUCCGGGAACUGGGAUACCUCUGGCAGCGAGCUCAGCGAGGGGGAGCUGGAGAAACAGAGGAGGACUCUUUUGGAACAGCUGGAUGAAGAUCAAUGAGAAGAUCCUUGAUACCAAAAAUGUUUACAGGUGGCAAAAUAAAACCAAGCCUUGUGUGGGCAAGGCCCUGGGGCCGGUGGCCGGUGGCCCAUGGCCACAACAGCGGUGGCUUUUAGUUUUUUACCACUUCAAUCCAGUCAAAAGUAGAAAAAUCCAUGGAAUUCUGAGGGCAGAGCUGUGCCUGGCCUGGAGCUGCGGGGUGGAUGGGGCUGGGAUCCCCUGGAGGGGACACACAGGUGGCAGCAGUGUCCCCAAGCACUUUCCCAAUGUCCUUCCCAGGGCAGGGAACAACCCUGGGCUGCCUGGGCAGAGCCCAGUUCAGCUUAGGGAAAAAACUCCUAAUUUAAUUCUUUGUGCUUUUGUUCUUUGAUGGAUUUGCUUGGGUGGGAUUUUUUGGGAAGGCAGCAGGAGUAAGGAAUCCGUGUCCUGCUGUGUUCUGCAGUCCCCUGGAUUCUGGGGUUGUGUGACACCGGGGCUUUUGUCCAGGACUGAUUCGUGUCCCGAUCCCAUCGAUCCCAAAGGCAGGGAAUGUCGUGGAUGGGGAUUCUCCUGCUGUGCCAGCAGAGGGAGCGUUUGGGACACACCCACCUCGGCAUUCCCGAAAUCCCAGCCCGGCCAGCCCCAGCUGUUACCCAGCGUUUCCUCCACCUUUUCCCUCCCCCUUCCGAAAACUUAGGAAUAAAAAUCCAAUGUUAAACGCAAUUCCAUGUGUUGCCUUAAGAACCUGCUGCAGAAUGUAGCUGCACAGCCCAGAGGAGGGAGGAGGAAGCAGCUCCAGCCCUGUUUUCCAGCCCCUGCACGUUCAGGAAGGUGCCCCAGCCCUGCUCGGUGAGAAAAUUGGGAAGCCGCUGUCCUUGGAAUAUUUUUGUACAUUUUUAUCAAUGAUUAAACCUUGUCUUUUAGCAUGUACUGGUA